AUGGACGAAGGGGAAUCGAAAACUUGUGAGAACUGCAAGCGAGAGAUACCAGCGGUAAACUUCACAAUCCACACAGUGCACUGCGCGCGGAAUAUACGUGUGUGUCCUGUCUGCAAGGAACCUAUACCUCAGGCCGAACUCCAGGAGCACCAUGAAAAGUUACACAAAUUAUUGCCAUGCAAGGAGUGUGGAGAAAGUGUGUGUGGAACGGACUUGGAAGAUCAUGUACGGGACUCAUGUGCGCAUACGAUGAAGACAUGCAGAUUUUGUGCUCUGGAACUGCGUCGCGGGUCGAUGCCGGCGCACGAGCGCUACUGCGGCGCGCGCACCGAGCAGUGCGCGGACUGCGGCGAGUGGGUCAUGCACAAGUACCGGCAGCUCCACCUGGACUCCAAUCAUGGCUUCAUCAGACUCGAUGAUGAUCCGGUGCCAAUAAAAAAGGAUGUGAAAACGACAAAUGUGCCAAAACCCUCAAACUUGCCAAGCGUUUAUAUUGAUCAAAUAAAGCCAAAGGACCCAAUUAAUGGCAUAACAGAAAAUUCUAGAAAUGGAGAAAAUAUAAGGAAUUUUUUGUCGACAUCCUCAAAUGUAUCUAAAAAUAUGCCAAGCACUUCUAAAAUUAUUCCAAUCACUUCGCGAUCUCAACUCAACGGACCAAGUAUGAGCGGUUCCACAAACUCGUCUCGGUCAAAUUCUACAAUAGCGCAGAGUAUUAAUAGAGCUGUACCUAGCCUAUCAAAUAUAAAUAAGUCUUCCAAUUUAAAUUCCAAAGUAAAUGACGUGUUAGGUGGGACCAGUUCAGCUCAAAAUGGUGCUAUACCGAGGACUAAAAGGACAAAUGAUCAACCUCAAGUGAACACUGCAAUGGCUCCUGUUGAUAAAGUGCAGAAAGAUUUAUGGGCAUCUCGUGGCGCAGUCAAGAAGAGGCCCGCGCCGAAGCCCCCGACCAAAGGCCCCGCUGACCCCAAGAGGGACUUGCCUCUACAGAGUGCGUUGGAGCGGCAGCAAGACGAAGAGAGAAUGAGACAGGAGCAAACUGCUUAUAACUUGUCUGUUGGCUUACCCCCCGUCCUAAGUCCAGCAGCGAAACUUGAAAAACUUCGGAAGAUGGAUGCUCUUCAAAACCCAGUAGUGGACGACCAGGAUUACAAGAACCGUCUCCAAGGCAGGGUGUGGAUGAGUCCAGAUAUCACGCCAGUUGGUCAUGUCCUUGGUUCAUCCAAUACACCAAAUACUUCCCAGAAUUUUGAAGUUUCCAGAAGGAAAUCUAAAUCGAAGUCGCCAGAUUUGGAUAGAAGGAAUGAUUUGAAGAAUUUAAAGCCAAUGACACCCGAAGAGUUUAUGGAUAGAUUCAAUAAGAUACAUUUAAGGAAGGAACCAGAGGAGCUGGUGAAGGCGGAUAGGUUCAGUCAGAUUAAAUCUUCCCUAAGAGAGUUGAGACGGGGACUGAAUGAGGUCACAGCUCCGUACAAUUCGAAUGCAAAUAAUGAUGUCAGUCAAAUCAGUAAUCGUACCCAGCGCUCACCGGCGGACGAAGGUGAUGUCAGCUUGCCCUGCGAGUUCUGUGAUACAUUAGUGCCUGUCGACGAUUUGGUACAGCAUCAGACGGGUUGCAGGCCAGACUUAGCGCAAUACAAGCCACGGCGUAGACACCAGAAGCCCACUCCAACGCCCACACCCACACCCAAUCCCACUCCUACUCCCAUUACCCCGCGGGAUUCGCACAGCGAUCCUGUAAUUUUCAUACCUUGCGAGUUCUGUACCGAGCCCCAGCCCGUGUAUCUCUUGAGUGACCAUCAGGAGCGAUGUGGGAGAGAUGCAAAUUUACUUUUCCCCGAU